AUGGGUAAUUUAUUUUCUCGGCACAAAGAACAUCUGAUAAUUGAUGAAGAUGAUGAUGAUCAAUUUUUUGAUUGUCUAAAUGAUGACGAACCACAUGAGCACAAUGAACAAAUCAGCGAAAUUCCCAUUCAAACGAUUUCACAUUAUUAUGCCGUAUGGAUUCCAUCCAAUGUUGAAAUCACAGAAAAUCAAUUUAUUUUUGACGAUAUGAAAAGUGCUUUUACACUUUGUAAAAAAUAUAGUAAAUAUAAUAGCCGAGUGAAAAUUUUUGCUAAUCGCCAUGAUGCUGAGAAUUUUAUUCAAGAAAGACGAAAUAAUCUAAUAAAUAAUGAUGAUAUCAAUAUGUCCAUUGAACAAGUAGCAAAACCGAUCAAUAGUGAUGCAGAAAAAUUACCGUAUAGUGAUGUGCCAACGUCUGAACUAACAAAAUUAUAUAAUCUUGUUGAAAAAGGUGCUGAAAUUGAAUUUGAACGAUUAAUUUGGUCGAAUCCUCGUUAUUUAAUAAGCAGUGGAGAUUCACCAACCAUUGUCAAAAUUUCAGUUCGAUAUAAUAGUAUGCAUGUUGCAGCAUUGUCUGGUCAAUCAGCAAUAAUUCGUACAUUGAUUAAAACAAUAAAAAGCGUUCAUUUUAUUCGUCGUCUCUACAUUAAUGAUACUGAAGAACAAACGCAAAAACGUAUAAGAUUUAUUCUUGAUAUGUAUUUAAAUACACCAGAUAAAAUGCAAAAUGAAACUCCACUACAUCUUGCAUCAAAAUUCGGACAUUAUGAUGCAGUAUGUACUCUAUUGGAUGAGCCCAUUUGUAGUCGAGAUGCUGUGAAUAAAGCUGGUUUAACACCACGUGAUAUUAUUUGCAGUCGAGCAAAAGAUAAAUCCAAAGAAAAGAAGAUAGUUCAAUUAUUUGAAUCUACUUAUUAUAUUCCGAUUUACAGUCGAAAGAUAACAAUGGAAAAAAUUGUUUCAAAACCAGUUGAUGAAAAAACAUUCAAACCACUUUUAAAUAUAAUUCAGCAAUCUGCAUCAAAUCUACCAGUUGAAUGUGAUAAUGAGAUGAUAUUGAUUGCAUUUGCUGGUCCAACUACUUAUGACUUGGCCAUGAAAUUCUACACAUCAGUGUCAUCGUCGACACGUGGUCAAGCGCGUCGUGCACAAAGUCUUUUAUCUUCACCAAAAAGUCCAAUUUAUAUUGUUCGUAGUGAUGCUGAAAAAGGUUGGGAACGUGUAGCUCGAAGUUAUGCAUUAGAAACAUAUUCAAUAAAUUGGUCGGAAUAUUGGCCAUUUCUUGAUACCUAUAUAAAUUUAUCAUCAAAUGAUGGUCUUCGAUUAUUAGAAUAUUAUCUUCAACAACGUAUUUUACACAGCCAAAUAUUAAAAGCAAUUGAUCAAUUAGAAAAAUUUUCCAGCCAUUAUUUAUCAAUUGAAAAAGAUAAAACCUCUAAUGAAAAUGAUUUAAUACUUAAUUCUAUAUCACAAUUGAUACAGCUAUUUUAUUCAUUUAUUGAUCUAUUUAAUUUAAAUGAUUUUGUAUUAAAUCGUACGUAUCGUCAACAUCUUGAAUCGGGUGGAUUUGAAAAUCAACAAAACAAUGAAUUAAACAUAAUUAAAACAAAUCUAAUUAAUCAAUUACAAUGGUUAUCAACAGAAAAUAAAAGCAUUUUAUUUCUAUUCACACGUCCAUUACUUAAUUGUUUAACUAUGGUAUUUACACUAAUUAUAAGUCCAUCUGGUUGUGCAUUAAUUGAUCAAAUACAACAUAAUCAAUAUGAACUGCAUUGCCAUCAACAGAAAAUUCGUCCAGCAUCACGACUCAGUCUGAUUGGACUUGUUUGUCCAAAACGAAGACAAUCUCGACAAUCAAUUAAAUCUCAAAAACCACAAAAAAUCAUACGAUCCAAUUCUUGGCCUAUCCUAUCAUCAUUAGUAGACUCCUCUAGUUUUCGCCGAUGUCAUUCUCAAAGUACGCUUAAUCAAAAUAAUAAUAACUCAUCAUCAUCAUCAUCAAGUUUAUUAAAUGAAACAACAAGAAAAUCAAUUAGUGAUUUAACGCAACAAUCACUUUCUAUUUCACAUACAUCGUCAAUGUUUUCGUCACAAACCAGUGUUGACAUGUUAAGAGAAGAUGAUAAAACAAAAAUCAACAAGUGGCAUUAUUUCUUAGCUGGUUCUCAGCCAACUAAACUUGAUGCUCAUGUUGUACGUGCAAUGGAGCUCAAUAAUUCAAUAAAUAUGGCUGUUCGGCAACAAUAUCGUCUUUGGUCUAAAUGGCAUCAAGCUGUUCAAAUACGUCCAAUUGAAGAACAAAAUCUAUGGACAACACCAAUGAGAAAUUUAUCACCCUCAAGUCGAAAGGUAUUACGUCCUGGCGAAAAUCAAUCGUCUUUAAUAAAAAUGGUAACACGGCAAGCUUUAAAAAGAAAAUCAGAUAGUCGAGAACGAUCACCGGUGUUAAUACAAGACAAAAUUAUAGAAAAAAAACGAUCCAAAAAGUGA